CCCGGUGCAACCCUGGCUUUCUUUCCGCUGGACACCCGUGCCCCCUUCGUGGUCCGCAACCAGAAGCCCAGCGCAGCCCCCGGAGCAGCCCCUGCACCGCCACCGCUACCCGGACCACGACCCAGGCCGCCCCGAGAUGAUCGCGACCGGAGCCCUCCUGCGCGUCCUCUUGCUCCUGCUGGCUUUCGGCCACAGCACCUAUGGGGCUGAGUGCGACCCGGCCUGUGACCCUCAGCAUGGAUUCUGUGAGGCUGACAAUGUCUGCAGGUGUGAGCCUGGCUGGGAGGGCCCCCUGUGUGAGAAGUGCGUAACCUCCCCUGGCUGUGUUAAUGGACUCUGUGAAGAACCAUGGCAGUGUGUCUGCAAGGAAGGCUGGGACGGGAAAUUCUGCGAAAUAGAUAUUCGGGCUUGCACCUCUACCCCCUGCGCCAACAAUGGGACUUGCGUGGACCUCGAGAAAGGCCAGUACGAAUGCUCCUGCACCCCUGGAUUCUCUGGAAAGGACUGUCAGCACAAGGCUGGGCCCUGCGUGAUCAAUGGUUCUCCCUGCCAGCACGGAGGCGCCUGCGUGGAUGAUGAGGGCCGGGCCUCGCAUGCUUCCUGCCUGUGCCCCCCUGGCUUCUCGGGCAACUUCUGUGAGAUCGUGACCAACAGCUGUACCCCUAACCCAUGCGAGAACGAUGGCGUCUGCACCGACAUCGGGGGCGACUUCCGUUGCCGCUGCCCAGCUGGAUUCGUCGACAAGACCUGCAGCCGUCCGGUGAGCAACUGCGCCAGUGGCCCGUGCCUGAACGGGGGCACCUGCCUCCAGCACACCCAGGUGAGCUUCGAGUGUCUGUGCAAGCCCCCGUUCAUGGGUCCCACAUGCGCGAAGAAGCGCGGGACCAGCCCCGUGCAGGUCACCCACCUACCCAGCGGCUACGGGCUCACCUACCGCCUGACCCCCGGGGUGCACGAGCUACCUGUCCAGCAGCCCGAGCACCACAUCCUGAAGGUGUCCAUGAAAGAGCUCAACAAGAGUGCCCCUCUCCUCACCGAGGGACAGGCCAUCUGCUUCACCAUCCUGGGCGUGCUCACCAGCCUGGUUGUGCUGGGCACCGUGGCCAUCGUCUUUCUCAACAAGUGCGAGGCCUGGGUGUCCAACCUGCGCUACAACCACAUGCUUCGCAAGAAGAAGAACCUGCUGUUGCAGUACAACAGCGGCGAGGAGCUGGCGGUCAAUAUCAUCUUCCCGGAGAAGAUCGACAUGACCACCUUCAACAAGGAGGCUGGUGAUGAGGAUAUCUAAGCAGCGUGUCCCCUCCCCCUCCCCCAGGCCCUUCUACAUUAUCGGGGUUCCUCACAGCUCCCUCUAUGCGCUCUAUGCUUCUUUGUGGUGGAGUUCGCUCUUGUGUGGAAUCUAGUGAACGCUACGCUUACAUUUAUUGUCUCGUGUUGCUGUGUGACAAGCUGCCGCUAAGAACCCCUCCCUCCCUCCCUCCCUCCCUCCCUAUUAAUGCAUGAUAUAAUGAAUAAUAAUAAGAAUUUCAUCUCUAAAUG